AUGUCUACCAACACCAUCUUAUUUCCCAAAGACGCCAACAUGGCCAUGGAUACCACUACAACCUCCAGCGAGCCCAUGGACAUGGACAUGACAACCGAACAAAAGCCCAGCUUGUUUGCCGCCCCCUCAGCGGACAACAAGAUGGCCGACAUGUCAGCAGCAGUCACCAAGUCGGACUCGAUGAAGACCUUGGAGUACCACCGCCAGGUCUUGCAAAACAAGAUGGAGAUUGACCACACCAAGUACGUCUCGCCGUCGGACAACAUCAUGAGCCCCUGCACUGCCAAGCUCAGCGCCUUCCGCAGCAAACAGGCUGGAAAGGUCAAGCCGAAGUCGCUCUUCGCCCAAGCGUCGGCUAAGAAACUCGAGGGUACGACCGCCACCGGCAACACUGGCUCCGUAGGCGCCACGGGUCCCGUCAAUAACGGUCUUUUCGGAGUGAAGAAGGAUUAG